CGCAGGGAGGGGGCCCGCGCCGAAACGGAGGGAGGGGCCGCGCCGCCUUCGAGAGUCAUUGGAGGACGCGGUCGCACGAAGCUGAUAAAUAAGGGGCCGGGCCGCGGCUGCCGGCCAAGUUGGACGCCCCGACCGGUGCGAGGGCCCGGUCAGCGCCGGCCUGACGACGCAAGCUAGGCGACCCCCGCACGGCCAUGGCCUCAAUGCUGGGAGCUUACCCGUGGCCCGAGGGGCUUGAGUGCCCGGCCCUGGAAGCCGAGCUGUCCGACGGCCUGUCGCCGCCGGCCGCCCCCCGCCCGCCGGGGGACAAGGGCUCUGAGAGCCGUAUCCGGCGGCCCAUGAACGCCUUCAUGGUGUGGGCCAAGGACGAGAGGAAACGUCUGGCGGUGCAGAACCCGGACUUGCACAACGCCGAACUCAGCAAGAUGCUGGGAAAGUCGUGGAAGGCGCUGACGCUGUCCCAGAAGAGGCCUUACGUGGACGAGGCGGAGCGGCUGCGCCUGCAGCACAUGCAGGACUACCCCAACUACAAGUACCGGCCGCGCAGGAAGAAGCAGGCCAAGCGCCUGUGCAAGCGAGUGGACCCCGGCUUCCUGCUCAGCUCGCUCUCCCGCGACCAGAACGCCCUGCCUGAAAAGCGGAGCGGCGGCCGGGGGGCGCCGGGGGAGAAGGAGGACCGGGGUGAGUACUCCCCUGGCUCCGCGCUGCCUGGCCUGCGCGGCUGUUUCCACGAGGGCCCGGCCGGUGGCAGCGGAGGCGGCGGCACCCCGGGCAGCCUGGACACGUACCCCUACGGGCUGCCUACCCCACCGGAGAUGUCGCCCCUGGACGUGCUGGAGCCAGAGCAGACCUUCUUCUCCUCCCCCUGCCAGGAGGAGCAUGCGCACUCCCGCCGCAUCCCACACCUGCCCGGGCCCCCCUACUCCCCGGAGUACGCCCCCAGCCCCCUCCACUGCGGCCACCCUCUGGGCUCCUUGGCUCUCGGCCAGUCCUCGGGCGUCUCGAUGAUGUCCACCGUGCCCGGCUGUCCGCCGUCCCCUGCCUAUUACUCCCCUGCCACCUACCCCCCUCUCCACUCCAACCUCCACGCCCACCUGGGCCAGCUCUCCCCGCCUCCGGAGCACCCCGGCUUUGACGCCCUGGAUCAGCUGAGCCAGGUGGAACUUCUGGAGGACAUGGAUCGCAAUGAGUUCGACCAGUACUUGAACACUCCUGGCCACCCAGACUCUGCCGCCGGCGCCGGGGCCCUCAGUGGGCAGGCCCCGGUCUCUCAGGUGACACCAUCAGGCCCCACAGAGACCAGCCUCAUCUCGGUGCUGGCUGACGCCACGGCCACGUACUAUAACAGCUACAGCGUGUCGUAGAGCCUGGGGCUGCCCGUCCGGUCCUGCCUGGCCGCCGCCGGUGCUUCCCACCUAGCCAAGCGAGCGAAGCGGAUGCGCAGCGCCCCGGGGUGGGCAGGUCUGCACUGCAGGCGGCGCACCAGCUCUGCGGAUCCCAGGGCCCCUCCGCCCCUUCCCCGCCCGCCCCGCCCCCUACAGCCUGCAUUUUGGGUAUAUUCCUUCAAAUGAGUUUCCACUGGCCGCACCCUGGGAAUAAGGCACGGUCGUUGCUGAAACAUGCCGUUUCCCCGGUAGGAUUUUCACUGACCUCUCCUCCCAGCCCUCAUCCCGGAAACAAAUUCAGGGGAACCGCAGCAGCCACUGGCACCUCUCAUGCUUCUGACACAGCCGCAGGGGUACAGCCGUCCUUGACUUUCGGUUCAUGCAGGUGAGGAGAGCCCUGGGAUCUGGGAUCCUCAGAGGCUAGUGAAAGCCAACUCGCUUCCCCUCCUAUUCAGCGUCUUCCCACCUGUAAAGUGAGGGACGGAUCGGACGACUAGGGUUUUCUGAUUUAGGAUUCUCUCAAGGCAGGCAAAGGAAAAUGAAGUUUGCCUCACUCAGUGUGCUCAGUGAUAUGCAACCCCCCCCCCCCCCCACGCCCAACAGCUCAAGGACACCAGGCUUGUUGCACUUGAUCCUAGUUUUCUAACAUGAUCACAGUCUUCCAAAAGGACACUGUUCCAGUUUGAGAAAAAACACUCAUCUUGAUUUGGGAAAUUAACCACUGACAUCAACUGCAGCACUGAAAAUGAGUUUGAAUUCAAGCUGUUUUUUUAAAAAAAUAUUUUUUAGAUAAGUUCUUUUUCAUAACACACACAUUUCAAGAGAAUAUAUACAGCCUGAAUAUAUGCAGUCAGUGUGUGUGAGACCCACACAACACGCACACCUUCAUGUAUAGCCUGAAUCAGAUACUCUUGCUGACCUUGGCAUCUUCUCAUCAACCCUCUGUUACUAACGACCCAAAGAGCAGGAAACUGGAAAAGAAGUUUAGCAGAGCAGCAUCUUUCCUUCAACCUGGAUGUGUUGAUUUCACUGCACUCUCCCUUCUGCAAAUGCAAAAGGAUCUUCCCACUGUCUCCAUCUCCCUUUCCUGGAAUUUCUUUUUUCUCUGCUUCCCCGCUCUUCCUCCACUCCUGAAUUUGCCACUAGUUCAAAGAUCCCUUGACUUAAAAAUCCCAGGCAUGAUUCCUGUGGCAGAAAUGGGAACUUGUCCUCUCCUCCCCAGCCAGCUGGUUCUUCAGGUAACAUCUUUGGCCAACACAUCAAAUUAACUUCCCCUUUAUUAUACUUACUUCCCCCAAACAGAGAUGCACUGUGAUUCAGAAAAUGUUUCUGAGCCCUGACCCCCAUCCCCAAACAUUUCCAUCCUUCCCCGAAACCUUCUUUGAAGGGACAUGCCUAUCAAUGAGCUAAAAGACAGUUGUUUGUCUUUUGAUUCCAGCAUAUUAUUGCCUGUAUGAAAUAUGUGUUUUAUAUAUUCUCCUAUUAUUUUCACCUUAUAUUUUGUAUUGUUGAAAGAUUCUUUUUUUUUCCCCUUCCAAGGAGACCUCUUGUAAAAUCUCUUAUAAGAUAUGAUUAAUCCUCAUGCUAUCACUGUAUAUGACAUUUGGUAAUAAAUAGUAAGUCAUGGACAAUAUGAUUGGUGCAGUCCAGAAUGCGUAUUAAUAAUCUUGUAAAACAUUAUCACAGACAUUAAGCUAAACUGUUCCAUUUUUUCUAUAAGAACCACAUGUGCUUUGGAACGGUUGUAGAUACUGAUUUGUCUAAAAUAUUUA